UUGUUUCAUGAAGGACUGUUAUUAAAAGAGGUAUUUUUUGGAUCCUUACUAAGAAGCAAGUGACUUAAAGUGAUGUUGCUUUUUCAGAAAACAGAAAGUUCUGAAAAUAUCUCAAAAAUGGAGAUGGAUUGUGAACGAAAGACAGCAUUUCAGAAAGGUCGUUCAUGUGGCAGGCAAAUGAUCAAUUUUACGUUUCUUGGAACCAUCUGCAUGAUCUUUCUGAUGGUCAUGAUUUCUGUCAUUUUCAGCAACCAGGAGAAGAAACUGAAAGAAACAGAAAGAUUAUUGGACAGUUUGAAGUCAUCUGUUAGUUCUCUACAGUCUGAUCAACAAACCAAACAACGUGACUUUGAGUUUCAACAGAAUGUGUCAUACGUUGAAGUGAAGAGCUUGAUGGUCAGUUUGAGUUCUUCAGUAUCAGCACUGACAUCCAAACUGAGCGAUGCAGUCAGCAACCAGGAGAAGAAACUGACAGAAACAGAAAGAUUACUGGACAGUUUCAAGUCAUCUGUUAGUUCUCUACAGUCUGAUCAACAAAAUAAACAACGUGACUUUGAGUCUGUGGUCAGUUUAUUGAGUGUAGUUAAGAGUUCAGUGUCAGAUCUGACUUCAUCUGUAAAUACUCUCUCUUCUAAACAGCAGAGCACUGAGCGGCAACAGGAUAUGUUGUUCACUGAAGUGAAGAGUUUGAUGGUCAGUUUGAGUUCUUCAGUAUCAUCGCUGACAUCCAAACUGAAUGAUGCAGUCAGCAAGCAGGAGCAGAAACUCACAGAAACAGAAAGAUUAUUGGACAGUUUGAAGUCGUCUGUUAGUUCUUUACAGUCUGAUCAACAAAAUAAACAACGGGACUUUGAUGGAAGAGUUAUGAAUGCUCUGAAUGACUUGAAAAUGAAGAUGUGUGCCAAAACGACAGACUUGCCCAAUUCAGGCUGUAAAUCUGGCUGGAUCUCGUAUCUCAGCAGCUGUUACUUGUUCUCAAGUGAUAAACUGAACUGGUCUAUGGCACGUGAUUACUGUGAACAGCAGGGGGCGUUACUACUCAAAAUAGAGGAGGAUGACAAGGAGUGGGCAUUUGUGGCCAGAAUUACCAUCUCAGAUAACUACUGGGUGGGUCUUACAGAUCAGAACACAGGGCAGUGGAGAUGGGCGGAUGACACUCCUUACACCAUGAACAAAGAACGUUGGAAUUCUGGGCAGCCAGAUGACUGGACCGAACAUGGUCUGGGAGGAGGAGAGGACUGUGGACAAGUAACCUAUACUGGGAAACUGAAUGACAACCACUGCUCUGUCAAAAUGAACUAUAUCUGCAAAGUGCAACGCAGAACCUGAAAAUAAACUGUGCUCAAACUGGCAAGGAAAUGUAAAAUGUUUUGAAGCUAGUUUCACUAGUUCAGUACUGUCCUGUUAUGUUUCUGGUGCUUUGAAAUGCUAGUUAGAGUUAUAAAAAAACAUCUCUUGCCUUUUGUUACUUUUAUAUACCACUCAAAUACAAAAUAAAAGAAUUUCACAAAGA